GUGCCGAGUUCGUUGAUACUUUGGUCUGUCUCAGUACCUACACGUAUAGUCUGUGACUGUAUUAUGGUAUACGUAUAAAUGUAUUCUAUACUCUACAGUCAGUAACACGUUAGCGUAAGUAGGGAGUAGACGCAUUGUUUCUUACGAAAAUACACCAAUAUCUGGUUUUCAGUGUGCUGUUACGUACUUAUUCUCGUGUUUGCAGAGUGCUAGUGAUUUAUUUGCUGUAAAUUGUGGAUUUGAUUUUCAUUUAGAAUUAUCAUCAGGAUGGUCCAACAGCGAUGACGUCAGGCAAGAAGAUGGAGUCGAAGGGCACCCAGAUCCACUUGCCGCUGAUCAGUCGCGGGAGCAGGGGCGAGAUCAACGACAAGGUCACUUUCUCACAAGUCAAGUCUCCGGAACAGCUGAACAAUGGUCAAGUUUUGGGAGGCUCCCAAGUAAAUCUAUGCAAUGGCGGCGCUGGCCCCAUGGCGCUCGUGCCCAAGAUCCCCAAUGGGUCAGCAUGUCAGAAGAAGCCCAUGGCGUCCCUCACACAUCUGCCGAAGCGGCCCCCAGUCGACAUAGAGUUUUCUGAACUAUCGUACUCUGUCAGCGAAGGUAGAAAGAGAGGAUACAAGACGCUACUCAAAUGUAUCAAUGGAACGUUCAGAUCCAGCGAGCUAACAGCUAUCAUGGGCCCAUCUGGCGCUGGCAAGAGUACACUCAUGAAUAUUCUGGCUGGAUAUAAAACAUCAAACGUAAGCGGUUCAAUCCUAAUCAACGGCAAGGAGAGAAACCUACGACGCUUCAGGAAGCUCUCCUGCUACAUUAUGCAAGACGACUGCUUACUUCCCCACCUGACCGUCAGAGAAGCAAUGACCGUAUCCGCGAACCUCAAACUAGGCAAAGACAUGACCGUGACCGCUAAGAAGAUUGUGAUAGACGAGAUCCUCGAAAUGCUUAGCUUGGGAGACGCUAGCGAUACCAGAACUAUCAAUCUCUCUGGUGGGCAAAAGAAACGGCUGUCUAUAGCCCUGGAACUGGUGAACAACCCCCCAGUGAUGUUCUUUGACGAACCUACAUCUGGGUUGGACAGUUCCGCGUGUUUCCAAUGUAUUUCUUUACUGAAAUCGUUGGCUAGAGGCGGUAGGACAAUCAUAUGCACGAUCCACCAGCCAUCUGCGAGGUUGUUUGAAACGUUCGAUUACUUGUAUACAUUGGCGGAGGGACAGUGUAUUUACCAAGGCCCAGUGAGGGAGUUGGUACCGUUCUUGUCAACUAUGGGCUUACAUUGUCCCAGUUACCACAAUCCUGCUGAUUACGUGAUGGAAGUAGCCACAGGCGAGCACGGAGAGUGGGUCCACAAACUGGUGGUGGCCGUGAACAAGGGUCACGCGGAGCGGGGGCAGACCACGGCAUCGUCGUCUUCUCCCAACUGCUUGUAUAAUAACCUGUCCAAGAACAAUAUACAGAAGGAGGCUCUUGAAAUUGUAAUUGACAAACCGACGUGCACGGUGAUAGACCUGUCCGAACCAACCGCCACAGAGAAGCCCCCAAUCCCGAACACCAACAACCUGGCCCCGGUCACGUGCACCACAUCCCUCCUCGACUCCAACGAGAGUUUCAACAAGAAACCACAAAAGACCGGCUUCCCAACAUCCGGGUGGAAGCAAUUCUGGAUCCUAUUGAAACGGACGUUCAAGAGCAUCCUGCGAGAUCCGAUGCUGACGCAUUUGAGGCUAGUUUCGCAUACCGUUGUGGGGCUGCUCAUUGGUAUACUGUAUUACGACAUUGGCACGGACGCCGCGAAGGUUAUGAGCAACGCCGGGUGUAUUUUCUUCACUGUUAUGUUCACUAUGUUCACAGCUAUGAUGCCUACUAUUCUAACAUUCCCAACCGAGAUGAGCGUGUUUGUGAGAGAGCAUUUGAACUACUGGUAUUCGUUAAAAGCCUUCUACUUCGCAAAGACUAUAGCAGACUUGCCCUUCCAGAUCGUGUUCAGCGGCGUGUACGUGAUAAUAGUGUACUUCAUGACGAGCCAGCCGAUGCAGCUGGACCGCGUGCUGAUGUUCACCACCGUCAACAUCCUCACCGCGCUGGUGGCGCAGUCCCUGGGCCUGCUCAUCGGCGCCGCCAUGAAGAUCGAGACCGGGGUCUACUUGGGGCCGGUGACCACCAUCCCGGUGGUGCUGUUCUCUGGCUUCUUCGUCAACUUCAACGCGAUCCCGGAGUACUUGCACUGGCUGACGUACAUCAGCUACAUCAGGUACGGCUUCGAAGGCGCCAUGCUGUCGGUGUACGGGUACGGUAGGGAGAAGCUGAACUGCUCGGUCGCGUACUGCCACUUCCGGACGCCCAGCCUCUUCCUCAAGGAGAUGAGCAUGGACCACGCGAACUUCUGGAUAGACGUCGGCGCGCUGAGCGCGUUCUUUGUAUUUAUUAGAGUAAUCUCCUACUUAGUGCUAAGGUUCAAGUUGAAAAUGAUGCAGUAGAGCACAAAUCGCUUCGUAUUCACUGUGACGGUGACGAUGAUUCUAUGAUACAUUUUCCAUUUUGUCGAGUUCUAGCAACACUGCCGUGUCAGUUGCCGCGUAAAAGUGACAGCUGACGUUUGGCCACGCCGCGCCGUGUCGUGCCGUGCCGCGUCGUGUCAUGACGUGUCGUGUCGUGUCGUGACGUGACGACUUGACAGCUGUCAGUUUUGCUUUUUCAAACGCGCCGGCGCAAAUAGUGGUCAACGUAGGUUAUAUAGUUUUCGAAAUAAUUAGCUUUAUAGUAUGCAGUUCGACUUAGUCGAUAAUUGUUUAUACGUAUGAAUAGGUUAAGGUUUUAUAGUUGAUCGGGCCCAUGACUUAAUUUUAAGUUACUUAAUGAUAUUAUUUUUCAUGUAACCAUUAAAUCGGUAGGCGUUUACGCGUACGCUUGUCUGCUCUGGUGUCUUUUGUUCGGGGUCUGUCAAAAUUACCUAAAUGAUAUUUUAGUUGAAGUGAACUAUUGUAAUACUAUUCUAUCCCUUGGUGCCCCGGUCGUGUAAUUGAUAUCCUAUACAAUGAUCUCAAAUGUUCUGCUUUAGCUACAUUUGCGUUAUGUUAUUAAUCGAAGCUUUAUUUUUACAUCACAUGCCGUAUGAUUUGGUUAUAUGUGAUUAUGGUUUUCAACUUUUUGAUAAUAAAAUUAUUUAUGCUGCGAGUCGUCAAAAAGUUGAUUAUUAUGAUAUAUUAUUUGUACCAAUUGUUUAUCAUAAUUUUAGAUAAUAAUGAAAUUCAUCGUUCCAGUGUUUUUUUAUAUAAUAAUUGCACGUUAUAUUGAAUCGUGCGGAUUGAAAUUCGUAAUUUAUAAGAUUUUCUAAUAUAAGAAUAUUAAUUAAGACAAGAAUGUAACAUAAAAAAUCGCAAUUAUCAUAUUAUAUAUAUUUAUUAGGUUAAACUCAUCAGCCUGAUUGGCCUAAGCAACACUAUUUAAAAUUUUAAGGUUUAAAAUACCUAGGUACCUUUACUUAAUACUUUUAAAAUAUUACUGUGUGUCCAUUCAUAUAAAAAACUUGAAAUUUUAAUGUUGGAAUUGUAUCCAUAUUUUCAUUUAACGUAUUUGUGACAAAAAAGGUGUGUAUGGAUGUGUUUUUGAUUUUUUUUAUUUUAUGAAACAGUAUUAUGUUAAUAUGACCAUAAUUAUUCCAAUACAAAUACCAGUAUGCUUUAGGAAAAGAAAAUUGUCUGCCUAAUAAAUUAGUGCUUAAAAUUUACUCUUUUAAAGUUUUGCUAUGAUUUUUUUUUUUUGCUAAAAAGGCACCUCUUUCCUUCGUGUUAUUGUAUAACUUGGCAGCUUUACUAAAACAUUUGAAUUUCUUGAACCUGACAAGUGCAUAUCAUAUCAUAUUUUUUUAUUAAAAAACACCAAUAUAAGGGACUAUUUAUUUUGGACUAUUUAGUUUGAUUUGUAUAAUGUUUAUGAGUUUUCUGGUACUACUUUAGAAUUCUGUAUCUUAUUUGCUUUAAAUUAGUUGUUAAUAUGUUUAUUUUAUCCAAAAUAUAUUAUUUUACGUGUGAUAUUCAUGACUGUGUUUUUAAAAUUGUUUAUUUUUUACAAGCGCCUCUAGCGGAUCAAUCGUGAAUUAAAUCUAUACCUUUAAAUCCGUUAUGAGCGUUUAUGAUAUUUGUUAAACAAGGGAAUUUUAUUUUAAAUAAGGAACAUUGAUAGAUUUAUAACGAUUUUGUUUAACCCGCUAUUAACUUGACUUAUUUUAAGUGUUUUAAAAUCGUAAUUUUGACAGACAAGAGCACGCAACGCCGGGCGUACAUAUAUUAUUCACUUCAUUCUAGUUGUAAUAGGUAAAUUUAUUGCGCUGUCUUUGGUAAUUCUCUUUAACGGUCUUCAUUACCAGUAUUUAUGAAUUCAUAAUAAACGACUGUGAUUUUUAUAGACAA